UCAUCAAGACACAGUACCACCUCUCUGAACAGAGACGAGCGAGCAAGGAGUUUAAACGAGGAACUAUAUUUCAACGAGUCAAUUACAUCUACAUAUACAAUCAUGAGAGUAUUCAUGAUCCUUGCUCUCGCCACAGUGGCGAUGGCACGACCGGAAGCUGGCUACUCUUAUCAACAACCUAGCGGAAGCUAUGGAGCUCCAGGUGGUUCUUCAGGUGGUUUUUCUGGUGGUUCAUCCGGUGGUUUUGGAGGUAGUUUCGGUCAAGGAAUAGCAUCCCUCGGUGGUGGAUCAUUUGGAAGUGGUUCAUCUCUCAGUGGCUCAUUCGCUGGAGCAGGCAGCAGUGCUUCUGCUGGAUCAUUUAGUGGUGGAUUUUCUGGAGCUAACAGCGGUGCUUCUGCUGGAUCAUUCAGUGGUGGAUUUUCUGGAGCUAACAGCGGAGCUUCUGCUGGAUCAUUCAGUGGUGGAUUUUCUGGACCCGCUCUUAUCCAGAAACACAUCUACGUCCACGUUCCACCCCCAGAAGCACCUGAAGAAAGACCAAUCCGUCCAAUUGCUCCAGUUGCACCACCCCAGAAACACUACAAAAUCAUUUUCAUCAAGGCUCCCACUCCUCAGGCACCAGCUGCUCCAGUUAUCCCUGCUCUUCCUGCUCAAGACGAACAAAAGACUCUUAUCUACGUGUUGGUGAAGAAACCCGACGAACAACAAGAAAUCUCUAUCCCAACUGUUGCUCCAACUCAACCAUCCAAACCCGAAGUUUACUUCAUCAAAUACAAGACCCAGAAAGAAGCUGGUGGUGCCAUCGGUGGUGGAGUAAGUGGUGGAAUUGGUGGUGGAAUCGGUGGUGGAAUCGGUGGAGGAAUCAGUGGUGGAAUCAGUGGAGGAAACAUUGGAGGUAGUGCUACUGGUACCACCGGAGUCGUAAUCGGAUCAGACCAUGGAUCUGGCCCAAGUGGACCAUCAGGACCAAGCUCCAACUACGGACCACCAGGACAAUCUGGUCCUUACUAGUCAAUUAUCAGCCCAAUACCAUUACCAACGCCAGCAACAACUAUCGCAACAACCAAGAUAAUGAUGAUGAUAAUCGUCUGGUACGAUCAUGACGAUUAUCAAAUAUCAUUCUGCUCAUACUUCUACUUCUCAUUCUCACAAUUAAGCCGUGGCAGUAAUUUCAUAUCAGUUAAACGCACGUGCGAGCGCGCAUUAAUUGCGCUUGUUACACGUUCGACGCAUGGUAAUACAAAGUCGAUCCCGAUGAUGAGUGCCCGCACCUGUGAUCGGCCUUGUGUUACCUUUCUCUCCUCGUUUUUUUACUUUUUUACCACUAUCUCUUUUUUUUCAUUUAUAAUUGUUGUUUUUUAUUUUACAUUAACGUACGACUGUAAUAUACACGAAUGUCGAGAAAAUAUUUUUUUAUACAACGAAUGGAAAUGCAACUAUGACGUUAACUUGCAGUGUCAAGAUAUAACAAAUCUUUUCUAUUUUUUAUACGUAUUUUUUGCAAGAAAACGGUGGCGAAAUAAAGCUUUUUUAUGUAUUUUUACAUAAAAGAUAAAAAAAAAA